GCAGAGAAGGACGGAUUGAACCUGUUCAGAGGUAGAAAGACUUGGGGAACUACCUGAACAUGUGGAAUCCCAAUGCCGGGCAUCAAGGGCCAAACCCAUAUCCACUGAAUCCUGGGUGCCCAGGAGGUUCCUAUCCUGUGUGUCCACCACAUCCACCAUCUGUCAAUCCAGCCUUUCCUCCUGGCCCCUGUCCGUCUCCCCCAGGAGCUCCCCCAGGAAAUCCAGCUUUCCCUCCAUGUGGGCCUGGUUAUCCUGUGCCCCCACCGCAGCCUUGUCCAGGAUACCCAUCCACAGGUCCCCAUCCUCCUCCAUGUCCCCCACCUGCCCCUGGCAUGCCUCAUGUGAACCCUUUGGGCCCUGGCAUGGUGGUCCCAGGGAUGGUGAUGGACAAGAAGAUGCGGAAGAAAAUGAAGAAAGCUCAUAAAAAGGCACACAAACACCACAAGCAUGGCAAGCAUUCCUCCUCUUCCUCCUCUUCCAGCAGUGACUCUGACUGAAUACAGGGCCUGGACCCUCCCUCAAGUCUCACCAGCCCUGCUCUCCCAUCAAGCUUCAGCUGCCGCGUGCUGUGCUGGGCGGAAUUAGCCCUCCCCACCCCCUUCCCGAGCCUUCCCCUGCUCUUCAGCCCUGGCCCCUAGGGACAUGGGAAGUGGACCCCAUGGGCUAGCAAAGGCCAUUCCCUGGCUGCUUGAUAGAUCCAUAGCUGAAGAGUAACAGGGAGUGGUAUUUGAAGAUGGUGAGAUCUCUGAGCUGAAUCCUGAAAAUCUGUAAAAUGGGAUCAUUAUGCAUUUCUUGUU